CCGGCCCCUUGUUGUCACGGCGCCGUGCGGGGCUGGGGCUUUUCGCGCCGUCGCCACCGUUGUUGCCGCCGCCGCGGGAGCCCGGGAGGGGAGCGGUUCCCUGGCCUCGUCGCCCGCUCUCCUGGCGCGGGGGGAGGCGCCCUCGCCAUGGCCACCAGCACCACGGGCUCCACGCUGCUGCAGCCCCUCAGCAACGCUGUGCGGCUGCCCGUCGACCAGGUCAACUUUGUAGUGUGCCAACUGUUUGCCUUGCUUGCGGCUAUUUGGUUUCGAACAUACCUUCAUUCAAGCAAAACUAGCCCAUUUAUAAGACAUGUUGUUGCAACCCUCUUGGGCCUUUAUCUUGCACUUUUUUGUUUUGGAUGGUAUGCCUUACAUUUUGUUAUACAAAGUGGAAUUUCCUACUAUAUCAUGAUCAUUAUAGGAGUGGAAAAUAUGCACAAGUAUUGCUUUGUUUUUGCUUUGGGAUACCUCACUGUGUGCCAAAUUACUAGAGUCUAUAUCUUUGAUUAUGGACAGUAUUCUGCUGAUUUUUCUGGUCCAAUGAUGAUAAUUACACAGAAGAUCACUAGUUUGGCAUUUGAGAUUCAUGAUGGAAUGUUUCGGAAAAAUGAAGAUUUGACUCCAUCACAGAGGUGCUUGGCUGUAAGACGCAUGCCAAGUCUACUGGAGUAUUUAAGUUACAACUGUAAUUUCAUGGGUAUCCUGGCAGGCCCAUUAUGCUCUUACAAAGACUAUAUUACUUUCAUUGAAGGCAGAUCAUACCAACUGCAACAGUCUGAAGCAAAUGGGAAGGAAGAUACAAAAUAUGAACAAACGGAUCCUUCUCCAAAUAUAGCUGUGGCACAGAAACUCUUAAUCUGUGGACUGUCCUUACUCUUCCAUAUGACUAUUACAAAAACUUUGCCUGUGGAAUACAACAUUGAUGAUAACUUCAGAGCUACAGCAUCGUGGCCUGUAAGGUUUUUCUACCUAUAUGUAUCUCUUAUGGCUGCCAGACCCAAGUAUUAUUUUGCAUGGACUUUAGCAGAUGCAAUUAAUAAUGCAGCAGGGUUUGGUUUUAGAGGCUAUGAUAAAAAUGGAGUUACGCGUUGGGAUCUAAUAUCAAAUCUGAGAAUCCAGCAGAUAGAGUUUUCCACAAGUUUCAAGAUGUUUCUUGAUAAUUGGAAUAUCCAAACAGCUCUUUGGCUUAAAAGAGUGUGCUAUGAGCGAGCCACCUUCAGCCCAACGAUCCAGACCUUCAUCCUUUCUGCCAUCUGGCAUGGGGUUUACCCAGGAUAUUAUUUAACGUUUUUAACAGGAGUACUAAUGACACUAGCAGCACGAGCUAUAAGAAACAAUAUCAGACACUAUUUUGUUGAAUCUCCUGCUGUUAAACUAUGUUAUGAUAUUAUAACAUGGAUGGCAACUCAAGUGGCAAUAAGUUACACAGUCGUACCGUUUGUACUGCUCUCUGUAAAACCCUCUUUCACCUUUUACAGCUCCUGCUAUUUCUGUCUCCAUAUUGCUAGCAUCCUGGUGUUGUUGGUAUUUCCAUUGAAAAGAACUCAAAAAGGAAGUAAAACACAUGAAAGCGUCCAGCCUGUGUGGUCCAAAAAACUAGAAGAAGAAAAUCUUUUGCAAAAGAACAAUUAUUCCACAACAAAUAAUAGUUUCAGUCAGAAGCAAGAAAUAACCUGCAGAUAUCAAGCAUUAAAACAGUGAUUGAGGAAAUACUAUGAUGAAUAUAUUUUGUAUGUUUUCAGAAACCCAUUUUUAGCACCUUUUAAAGGGGUUUGUAUUUGUUUGCAAAGAUGUUUAGUAAGAAAAGAAUGCAUUUACCUAGGAAAAUCACAUACAAUAGCAAGACUGGAAACAAAACAAAAUAACCCCUCCCAUGCCAUGUCCCUGUGGGUCACGCCUUAUAUGAAGAUAUUACCAUUAUUUCAAUGGGCACUCAGGACUUGCAGCGUAUGUCCAUAGGGUCAUAUGUGUGCCCUUUGCUGAAUGUACGUUGUGUAUCCCAAGGCACUGAUGGGAUGGAAUAAAAUUGUGUCAAUCUAGGAUUAACAAAUGGAAGUUUUCCAAAUGAAUGACUUGCCUUAAACCCUCUAUUUACUGAAAUAUUGUUUCUAAGUGGGUAUUUUCAAGUUUGAUUUUUAUGUGGAAAGCAUAUUUCAAAUAUAUAAUACUAUAUGCUAUAAAGAAGAUAAAACCAGAAAAUGCAAAGUGAUUAGAAGGUUUUUGAAUCUGUAAAAGGGAAUUGCAAUAAGCAUCUCAGUAUUUGGAGGGUUUUCUUAAAGUACUCAAACUAGUACAGUACAGUACAGAACUGUAAACUUUACUGAUGCCAAAUUAUAGUUAGGUUUCUUUUGAUAAAGAGUAUAAUUACACAUAGCCCUUCUGAAUGCAUUAAAAAAAAACAUGAAACACCUGAAGGUUCACCUUUUCCAGGGCUUGAAAGCUCUAAUCUAGGUUUAAAGUAAAAGAAAGUACUUAAAACCAAUAAAACACUGCCAACUAGUCUUUGCAGCUAGAGAAGGAAAGGCAGCCAGAAGACACAGAGGACAAUGUGCAAGCACCAGGAUUUCCACAAAAGUGCAUUUUCUGCUUAAAUACCAGAAAUACUUGUUUUAGAAUAAAACUUUUACAAAAAAAUAUUUUUAGUAAUUUAAAGGUAUUUUGAAUUUUCAGGCAUACACUAGUUAGUUGAUGAUGCUUUCAGUAUCAAAUAGUAAAACUACCUUGAGCUCUAGUGCAUAGGUAGUCAAACAUGAAAUUACUAUCGUAACCGAUUUCCAUAUGCUUGAUAAUUGAUGGCCCUUUAUCCAAAGAAGUAUAUGAAUUUGAGGUAAACCUUUUUAAUGAGAAUUUUACGUGCAAAGUUCACAUUGUAUUUGUGGGCAACAUAAUGAAAGAAAUCCUUCAGAGUAUCUGACUUACUGAGUUACGGAAGUGUGUCAAGGGAAUAAUGCAGUGGUUUUAUCUAUUCCAGUUCAUUUAUUGUGAUGAUGGUUCCUGCUAGAGUACUGCUAUUAAAGGGCUACAUUUUAAUUGCUUAUAUUCUGUAUUUUCAUAUAAUUUUUAAGUAAACACGAACUGUUUAUCCACAUGGGGUUUUUUUUAGCUUUAAAACUGACACAAAAUACUACUGGAGAAAAAUAAUGCAGCCUGUUAAUAACCUACAAAUUAAUGAGAAAAAUUUGGUCGUAAUAUUUUGAACCUUAGGUUUUUCAUCAAAUAUCUGGCACUAGUGGGGUGAAAAUUCUUGGUACUGGAAGUGCAGUGAUGGGCCUCAGCUUUGAGAAUACUACCGUACAAAAAUAAUCACAGCACUUCUGGCUUACUUCCUAGAGAACCAGCUCCCAAGUCAGGUCAGGUUGUUUCCUUGCUGUGAUGGUUCUGUGUCUGGCCAUUGGCUCCUUGCCAAAAGAUAACUCCAGGAAGAUAACAUACCUUUUCCAUGUAUGUAGGUUAGCACUAAUUAACCUGCACAGUUAGAGGGAACUCAAUGUGAAAUUAGUGGAUGAGUCUGUUAGGUGAGCAGGAUGUUUGUUGUUUCAGUGGCAGCUGUAUUAUCUUUAAGAUAAAAUAAUCUGUGUUCCAAAUAUGUGCUUUGAUUACCCAAGUAGACUUCCCCUUACCUGGGGUCAUGGUUGUCAUAUGCUUCUUUGAAACGGCAUUGUGUCUUUUCUCUGUUGUUUAUAAGGGCACACUAAUUUCUUUAUGUUUAAUUAUCCUUAUUAGAUACAGAAUCAGGAAAGAUUUUUUUCAAUUUCCUAUUUUCAAAGGAAUAUUUACAUAAAAUAAAUUAGAAUUGCAUAUUUCUGGGUGGGUAAGUAGGACUAGGGUCAAUUCUUUCAGAAUUUGUUGCUGUUCAACUGAAAUUCAUCUUGAUGGUGCAGUCUAUCCAAACAAGCACUUUUGAAUGCCAGAACAAGAUCUAAUGUGCCAUUUUUCCCAUUAGUGUUCUGGCACUCUUGUUUUGGCAUGUGUGUCCAUAUGUGCGAUAAGAGGCUUACUAAUUCUUCGUUAUGAAGUAUGAAAACAGUUACAAGCACUCCCAGAAAAUAAGCAGGUUUAGGAUAGUGAAGACUGGUACUUGAAGGUGGGUGAAUUCACAGGUACAGUUUUGUUCAGAACUUUUGUAUAUGGGGCAGCUAGAACGGCUAAGAAAAUAUUGACAUGCUUUAGUCGGGCACAAGUGGCAAGGUAAGGGUUUCAGGACUGGACAUGACUGGUGUCUGUGUGCAAUACAGUUACUUUUUUCUUCAUGAUUUGAACCCCUUAAAUAAUUGCAACAAGAAAAUUAUUACAAUUUAUUAGUUCUGCACAGAAUUUAUUUGUAAGUUUAGUCUUAGAAUUUAACCCUUAAAAUGUUAUUUCUGUGUAUGAAACUACUUUGAACCAAAAUCUGCUCUUCAUGCAAAUGAAUUCUCUGAGGGACUAUGGAAAGAGGUGUUUUGUUUUAAAGGCAGCGCUCUGAUUUUAGUCGAACUGGGAUUUUGUUCUUGUUUUCCUUCUGUUUUACUAGUUUUCUGCCUUGCUAUCACACUGGAUCUUUUUUAUCCAUUCAGUCAGAAAGUCAAGAGCAGCCAGCCUCGAUGCUUUAGAUAAUGUGUAGGUUUUGCACACAUCAUUUUAUAUUACUGAAUUUGAAAGGAUGGUGGUGAUGUACUGUUGUUCUUGCGGAGAAAAACAGUAGAAAGUAAAUUCCUAUAAAUGUUUUGGGCAUGAAGGAAACAUGGUUUUAAGUAUUCUUUCACUUACUAAUUAAUGUAUAUCCAAAAGGUAAAAGUGUUCUCUAUGUUGCAGAUCAGCACACUAUGAAAAGUAAAUACAACAUAUCGUUAAUGAUUUUAUGGUGCUUUGCGGAUAUUUGCCUAUUGUGAACAAUUUGUUCAGGCACUUAAGGAGUUAAUGUUAGUUCGUAAAUGUAGUCACCCUGAUAGUUACUAUUUGCUUGCUUAACCUUUUUUAACCUUUAUGAUUCUGUAUUAAUGAAAGAGAUCUAUAUUAUGUAUUUAAAUAAUACUUUCAGUGGUGCCUACUACUGUUGUAAUCGGGAAGGCUUUGUUAGCUUUACAGUUACAGAUAUGCCCUUCUUAUUCGGGGAAACUUACUCUUCUACGACCAUUCCUUAAGUUGACAUGUCGACAAGAUUUCAGUAAUAGGUGACAUUUUAAAAUACAUUACCAUGCAAAAAUAUUGGCAUGCAUUUCCAUAUGCUCUUGAUAACAAAUCAUACUUCAGUGACAACACUUUACAAAGAGAUCUUUGUUUAUUUCCCUGCUCUACACUGACCCAUGGUAUAAGUUUUACCAGUAUAGUAUUUUAUUUAUUAUAAAAAUUUUACACUUAAAUAGCUUGUUCUGUUUCUCCUGUGGGAAUAAGUAAUAUUCAUAUAAAUGCUAUGUUUGUAUGACAGGAUGCACGCUCGGUGGUUGUGCCUCUUUUAAUGGUGUUGAUUUGGUUAGUGGUAAAAUAUCCUCUGAUGCAGAGGAAAUGUUAUGAGAUCCUCACCUCCUGUCAAAUUCAUAUAAAAAGUAAUUUUAACAGAGUCUGGAUUUUUCUCUCAGAAGCUUUGCUAACAAAUUGUUGACAAUUUGCUUAAAUACAUGGUCAAAUGUGUCCUCAUGUUUGCCUGCAAAUGUGUCACUAUUGCUUAUGUGUUAACUUUCACGUGCUCAACUUUGUAAGUUGGCCUUGAAUGAUAAAGAAAUUUAAAAGCACAAGUUACAGUAAUUUAGGCUUUCAUUUCCUCUAUCCUUAAGUCUUUUCACUUUGUAAUUCUCAUUGAAUUCUGAAAUCAGAUUUGAUAGUAUUUUGUUUUCAAUGAAAAUUUGGAAGUAUUGCCAUUUAUGCUGAAAAGCGAUCAGUGUUAGGAAAAACAGAUAUGGAAAUAAAGAUUUUAAUAUGAUGUAGACUCUACAUAUAAAAAUACAUAUACGUUGGUUCUGUACUGUUUCAUCAUAGCAUUUCACUACAUGAUUAGCCUUUAUGUAUUUAUUUAGGUCUAGUAAUACUCUGCACAGCACGUGGGAGUAUUUUCAGAUUUCCAAAUCAGUUGGCUCUAAGUAUUUAAGUAUUUAAAUGCUAUGCUGAAUAAGUAUCUAAGCAGAAACUGUAGUGAAUUGGGCUUAUAUCCAGACAGAUCUGGUAAUCUAAUGAGAGUAAGCUAGAUUGCACUGUCAGUCUUGAUCUUCUUCAUAGUCAGGACGGAAAAGCUGGCUGUGAAGAAGCCAUGGUAAGAAGGUGUUCUGUCAGUGGCCGGGAGGUUUUGCCACAGAGUUCCUGGGGGAGCUUAACCCUCCAUGCAGAGCUUGACAGAGGAUCUACUUGCUUGUGACCCAGGCCACAGCUGUUCUGUGCUACAUCUACCUGCAUUUUUGAUGUGUUUGCUCUCUUAACCUAGACAUUUUACAAACACCAUGAAAUCCAGGCAUCCCCGAAGUCACCCUGCAAGGUUAGAACUGUGAAUAUUGCAACAGUUGCUUAUUAUGGUGAAAACUAAAUGGAAAAGAAAAAGAUUAAUUCCUUAAAAACUUGUUUUGAGCUGAGCUUUUUGUAUGUUUUUUACAAAACCUAACCACAAACUGUAUCUAUUUUCAUCCAAUUACAUGUUUAAAGCAUAAUUUUGCUCACUUUACGUAUACAAAUGUGCAAAAGCAAAUUGUGCCACUUCAUCAUCUGUGCAUUAGCUGUGUGUCCAGUGACUGACUUAGGCCUGGGUUUGGUUUUAGAUGUUUUAGGUUUUCUAAAAGCCAUGUGCAUAUCCAUAUAAACAUUGUGGAAGCGUUAUGAAUUGACAAACUGUAGUUAAAUAUAGUGUGCAUAAAUAUACUUCAAAUAGGCCAUAUCAAUGUUGGCGUGAGGCUGGUGUUGAGCCCUCCAGUUGUAUACUACGUCUGCUGAAGACUGCUGGGGCUCCAUUCUCAGGAUGCUAAGCUUCCUGCUGCCUCAAGUGAAAACAGAAUCUGUUGGUUAUACUUUUAAGUGGAAAGUGAAGGGCUUCUUUUACUCUGUUGCAAAACCAACCCUUGCAGGAUAUUCUGCUGCAGGCUACAAAUACAAAAUUUUACUUCAGAUACAUGAUUGAAAUCUAGUUAGGGUCACUUUUGGAGGAAACUUUGUAUUGAUAGUGACUCAGUCUAGCACCUUAUUCCAAACAAACCUCUUGGCAAAAGAGAGAUCUCUGCACAAUCUCUUCCCUUCCUUUUGUUCUCUGAGGGAGAAAUACCCCAAGCUGGAUUUUCGUUUAGGUUUCACUACAAUAUGUCAUAUGAACAGAUAGGUGUGGUCCAUGCUCUAGUCAGAUGAGGCUUCCAGGCUGUGAGGAUGUUAUCUGAAACAAAAAAUAGAGGAACAGGGUGCCUAGAGACCGGUAAUCAGCAUAGUGCAACACUACGUGUUAAAGGUGCAACAAUCUUUUGUCACGAUAAGUUAAGGAGUAUUUGCCUAUGCAUACUUUGCCUUUCUAUGUGUUUAUCAGUUCUCUUUACAUCUUUUCUUUGUACCUUCUUUUGUCCAGUGGUGUUGACUAUUUCUAUGAAGAAUCUUCUGAUGUGUCUUACUGUGACAAAGGUGUCAAAAUGAUACGUUAGUAAUUAGGUAGUUACUCUUAAAUCCCAGACCUCAGAUGUGUUCUAGAUCAGAUAGAAGAGAACAUUCAAAAUUUAUUGAAUGAAUAAUAGUUUAAGAUGGGUGAUAUAGCAUUAUUCAAAGAUGUUGUAAUAAGUUACUCAAUUUAAGAAUUUAAAAUAUGGAACUUUGUUCUUUCCUGCCUUGGUUACACAUUCAAGGGAGUAGUUUUACCUCAAUGCAGUAGUUACACCUCCAACUACCCAUAUGUUAAGGCGAGAAAGCACCCCUAAAAGUGGAUAGCUACAGUAUUCCUAAAUUUGCCUUUCCAGGUUCAGAUUAUAAUGCAUUGUCAGUGAAUUUCAUUUUUAUUAUUCCAAAAUAUAUAUUUUUUAAAAAGUGUUAUUUUUCAACAGAUCCAUAAACUAAGUGUUGGUGUAUGGUAAAAUUAAAAUACCACUGUUAGUUACACUGUGUUUGUGAUAUUUUAAUAAUUACUUAUUUCUAAUUUGUCUCAGCAGUGCUGCAGAAGCAGCAUGCUGUUAUGUUUUAAAGGUGUUUUUAACUUGCCUAUAAAUGUUUUUUUUCUAAUUUGUGUCUUUAAAUCUGAUUAAACUGUAGUUUAAAAAAAGUGAA